AUAUUCUAUGCCGUCAAGCUCGCCUCUAGAGAGUUUGUGCCCAGGCAGGAAGACCGACGCAUCGUGACAUGGACGAAUUUUCCGCAGGUGUUCUCAUACUGCAUUCCCUACUUUUUCAUGGCAUAUCUCGUUCGCAGACGAGACACACGUCUUUUGAGAAUACUCCUCCUGCCACUGGUGGUUGCAAUGGCCGUCAGAUGCACUUGGGGAUAUACCUUUGCCAAUCCGCGGUUGAGAUGGUAUGAGUGGGAUCGAGGUAUAAUUGCCCUGGUCUGCAUAGCCAAAGCUAUAGAUUUCGCAUGGGCAAAGAAUGGGAGGCAUAAAAUGACCGAGCAGUCGCUCAAGGUAGUCAACGAUCAGCAGGGCCCCAUUCGGAGUAAUAAUGCCAACCGCACCGGCCUCCUCGCCCACUUUCCCGACGGUCUAUGCGAUGCGCUCGAGGUCGGACUUUCUAUGCGCGGUAUCGGAUGGGACUUCGGACAAUAUAUCUACGUCCCUCCUCCAACCCAGCCCUUGUCCCGCCGUCCCUUUGUCGUGCACGCUCUGAAAAACCUCGUUCACAACGUUCUCGCUAUCGAUCUCAUCGACACUAUCAUCAAGCUCACUCCAGGCGUUGGUCCCACCAGCGGCACGAUUUUCCUCGCCCACCUCUCGCCCUUCCCGCGCUACGCCCUCUCUACCGUCCUCCAUUUGGGCUUCGGUCUACUCAUUCACUGCGGCGUCUGCGUCGUGUACGACUCCUUCGCCCUUCUCGCUGUCCUCGGUAUCGGCCAGAGCCCGGCGGGAUGGCCGCCCAUCACCGGGGGACUUUGGCAUGUGACGUCGCUGCAUGCGUUCUGGUCGCGCGCGUGGCACCAGGCUCUGCGGCACGUCUUCCUCGUAUAUGGAGGCUUCCCCGGACGCGCAGUCGCGGGCAGGGCGGGCGCCACGGUGGGGACGUUCCUGGCGUCCGGGCUGGUGCACGAACUGGGGAUCACCGCCGCAGGCGUAGGGUUCGACGCGCGGGUGCUCGUCUUCUUCCUUCUGCAGGCCGUGGGGGUUGUGCUGGAGAAGACUCUUCGGGAGGUGAUGGGGAGAAGGGUGGGCGGGUUCUUCGGGUUCAUGUGGGCGGCUCUGUUCGUGGUUGGGUUUGGACAGAUGUGCACCGAUGCGUGGUUUUCAAGAGGGAUCGGCGGAGCAACGACCAUUCCCACUCAGCUCAGCCCAAUUCGGCGACUCGUCCUUCCAUCUUCCCGGUGGCUCGUGUACGUGGCGUUAAAGGGGGCGGAGUGCUCAAAGUAG